CUCACCCGAAAGCAAAGAGACAGAGAUACACACACACACAGAGAGAACACACUGUGAGAAGCUUUCCUUUCUGGACACUAAGACAAGGGAGAGGUGAGCUGCUAAAGACUGAAGGAGACAAGAAGGAAAAAAGGACUGCAUACAGGGGAGAAAGACAGUGUGAGGGGUUACAAGGUGAGAAAUAGUAACAACCAAGAAGAGUGAGAGAGAAAGAAGGAAAUAAGGCCGAAGUGAGAGUCUGAGAGAUAGGGAAAGAGAAGAAAAUCAAUAAAGAGACUGAGAAAGGAGUGAAAGAGCCACAGCAGCAGAGUGAGUGACUGAGACCAAGAAAAGGAGAGUGAGAGAAAGAGGAGUGCCAUCUUAAUCCUAAGUGAGACUUAAUUGUAGUGCGGUGCGAUGGCGUCAUUCGCUCUGGAGCUAGUGGGUGUGAGCCUGUCCGUGCUGGGCUGGAUACUGAGCGUAGUGAGCUGUGCUCUGCCCAUGUGGAGGGUCUCAGCCUUCAUCGGAGCCAACAUCGUCACAGCCCAGGUCUACUGGGAAGGUUUAUGGAUGAGCUGUGUGGUUCAGAGCACAGGCCAGAUGCAGUGUAAGGUUUACGACUCCAUGCUGGCCUUGCCCCAGGACCUGCAGGCUGCCAGAGCUCUCUCUGUGGCCACCAUCAUCCUGGGGGUCUUAGCUCUCCUCGUGGUGACCAUCGGAGCCAAGUGUACCAACUGCAUCGAGGAGGAGGGAGUGAAGGCCAAGGUGGUGUUGUCCGCCGGAGCUGCCUUUAUCCUAGUUUCGCUGGUCCAGCUGGUGCCUGUGUCCUGGUCAGCCCACAUCAUCAUCCUGGAGUUCUACAACCCUAUCAUCCCCUCGGCACAGAAGAUGGAGAUCGGGGCAGCCAUGUCGAUGGGCAUGGAGAUUGUGGGGAUUGCCCUGGGCGUCAUAGGAUUCAUCCUGGGCAUCGUGGUCUGUGCUUUGCCCUUGUGGAAGGUGACAGCCUAUAUCGGAGCCAACAUUAUCACAUCCCAGACCAUAUGGGAGGGCCUGUGGAUGAACUGUGUAAUCCAGAGUACGGGACAGAUGCAGUGUAAGGUCUACGACUCCCUCCUGGCCUUGCCCCAGGACCUGCAGGCCGCCAGAGCCAUGACAAUCAUCGCAAUCAUCCUGGGGAUUCUAGGGGUGAUGGUCUCCAUCGUCGGAGCCAAGUGCACCAACUGCAUCGAUGAUGAACCCUCCAAAGCUAAAGUCAUGAUCAUCUCCGGAAUUUUCUUCAUCCUGGCCGGGAUCCUAGUUCUCAUCCCUGUCUCCUGGUCGGCCAGCACCAUCAUCCAAGACUUCUACAGCCCCCUUCUGAUCAACGCACAGAAGAGGGAGCUGGGGGCCUCUCUCUACAUUGGCUGGGGGGCUGCAGCCCUGCUACUGAUCGGAGGGGCCAUGCUGUGCAGCUCCUGCCCCCCCAGGGAGGAGAAGAGGUACAAGCCCCCCGGCAUGGCCUACUCCGCCCCUCACAGCGGGUGCGCAGCGGGAUACGUCAGGAAGGACUACGUCUGAGAGAGAUUUCUUCACCUGCCUGAUUGAAUGGAAGGCAGAAAAAAUGAAGGAAAAGAAGAGAGGUAUCGCUAUCCUGAACAUUAGCGUGUUUGUUUGCUGUCUGACACAAAAACUAUGAGAGGAAUCUCCUAGAAAGACUCCAACAUGAAGAAAUGUGUGCUUUAAUGUUACUUCUUGGCUUUUCCUCCCCUGCGUAUUUCUAUUUAGUUUCGUUGUUCAGCUUUAUAGUGUGCAGGCUUUGGUGACGUAUGGUAGAGGCUGUCAAGACCUAGAUACUGUACAUAUAAUCCCAAAUGGCUAGGUUGACAACUGUUAAUUAUUUCACAACAGUUUCAAUUAUAGUUUUUAUUCAUUCAUUUCAAACUUGAGAUGACAAACCAACGCCCUUUUGUUUCAGCACCGUAUUGUAAAUUUAAACUUGAAGGGUCUUGGUUUUCAAGUACUUGAGAAAAAAAUCUAUAGUUGCACAGUACGUGGGCUCAUAUUUGUAGUGCAGUACUGAGGGCCUUAUUGUGUCCGUAGUAUGCUAUUGGCAAGGUAGGAUUUUAUUACACUGAAACUUUUGGUUAAAAUGUUGCACUGUGUAUCACUGACACAGAGGAGUAACUAGCUCUCUCUGUUUUUACAUGGAUUUGAUCAUGAGAUUCAGUUUGUGUGUGUGUGUGUGUGUGUGUGUGUGUGUGUCUUUUGAAUGUAUUUGACUAUGACAGAUUGUGCUAGGUCCAUGAUACAGCCUCAGGUCACAUUAUCAUAGAUGUCUUCCUCUUCACAGUUUCACUGUAUUUAGGUCAAUGUGUGUAUAUGUUUGGUGUAAUAAGAUUUUUUUUUGUACAAACAGUCAUAUAUUACAUAGCUUUUUUAAUAUCAUGCAUGCUUUGUGUUCAGAUUUUUUUUCUCUGAAAUAUUAUGAUACUGUGUUUGUACUGUCACUUGUAAAGGAAGAAGACUAUUCCAUUUGUAUAGUUGUGCAGUGUGUAAAACCAUGAUUCUAAUAGGAGGGACAGUAAACCAGGAUCAUUAUAUGUAGUGAUGAGAUAGCCUUGAAAACGUGAAUUUUGUCUUUGUGUCAUAAGCAAUCCUUGGUUCCUGCCAGUGCUGGGUAAAGAUAUGAGGGAGUCAUGACCCUUUCCUUAGGACCAUCUGGCGUAACGCCCAGAAUAUGUUCUAUGAAUUAAGAUAGGAGAUGGCGCCAGUCAUAUGCUGGAAUCAAUCCGAUGAAUCAUGUUUAUGUUGGUUUUUAUGUGGCCGCAUAUAAGUCACUAUGUAUAGAGCUCACUUCAGACUGGUAAUUUCUGCACCCAACUGACUGACCUCUCCAGCUUGCUGACAAUAAAGAGUGAUUCAUGUAA